GAAGGCUUGACGCCGACACCAUCCGACCUACAAUGCCUCGAAUCCCCACUGUCGAACUCAGUAGAUAUCUACUGACUGGUCACAUUGCCUCUCCCGGUUGUCUUCGUGCCCGCGCCGCACUUCCCGGCAAGAAUACGCGCGUAGCUCUCGGCGGUGCUCCUCUCCCCUCGCGACAGCUUCAGCCUCGUCAACACGCCCGCUACCUAACGACUGAAACCUCCUUCGCGAACCCCUCAGCCACAACCUCUUCUCCCGCCGCCGCCGCCCCCUUCCGCAAACAACUCAAAGAACAAGCCAAAGCCCUCAAAAAGUCGGGCCACAAAAAGAAAAAGAGCAGCGACAACCAAACAGUCCCCGGCUGGGAACUCACCGUCGGCAUCGAGAUCCACGCCCAGCUCAACACCGCCCACAAGCUUUUUUCUCCCGCAACCACGUCCUUCAACGACCCGCCCAACACCCAUGUCGCCCCCUUCGACCUCGCCCUCCCCGGCUCCCAACCGCUUUUCCAGCCCGCCACACUGAUCCCCGCCGUCCGCGCCGCUUUGGCUCUCAACUGCUCCAUCCAGCCCGUCAGUCGGUUCGACAGGAAACAUUAUUUCCACUGGGACCAGCCGAGCGGGUACCAGAUCACGCAGUUUUACGAGCCGUUUGCCAAAGAUGGCUUCAUCACGCUCUACGCCAGGGACGGGAUCGCGGCGGAGGAUGGGGAAGAGAUAAAAGUCGGGAUCAAACAGGUGCAGAUGGAGCAGGACACGGCCAAGACUACGGCACAACCCGGGGAUGUUCAGUGGUUGGAUUUUAAUCGCGUCGGGGUUCCCUUGAUUGAGAUCAUCACGCUUCCCGAAAUCCACCACCCCGCUACGGCGGCGGCGUUGGUGAGAAAGGUGCAGAUGGUUUUGGCGAGUGUGGAUGCGUGCGUGAGCGGGCUGGAGGAGGGCGGACUAAGGGCCGAUGUGAAUGUUUCGGUCAGGAGGACGGAUGAUCCCAGUGGGAAGUUGGGCACGAGGACGGAGAUCAAGAAUUUGAGUAGCUUCAAGGCGGUUGAGGACGCGAUUAUUGCUGAGAGGGAUAGGCAGAUUGAGCUACUGGAGGAAGGCGGGGAAGUGAAGGGGGAGACGAGAGGGUGGAGCUUGGGAAGCACAGAGACGAGAAGGCUCAGAGGGAAGGAAGGCGAGGUGGAUUAUCGAUAUAUGCCUGAUCCGGACCUAGGGCCGGUGGUGAUCGGGGAGGAUCUGGUGGCAAGGUUGAGGGAGACGAUGGGGGUGUUGCCGGAUCAGGAGGCGGAUCAGUUGAUGGAGAGGUAUAACCUCAGCGCCAAGGAUGCCUUGUCGUUGAUGUUGCUUGAUGGUGGAGCCAGGAUUCAGUACUUCUACAAUGUGCUUGAUUCCCUUGAGGAACGCCUCGUCGCCGAUGGGCAAGCCGUUCCAGAAGGCGCGGAACACGCAACCCUGGCUGCGAACUGGUGUCUCCACGAACUCGGCAAGCUCACCGACUCCGCUUCCUCUUCCUCCUGUUCAGAUCCAGAUGUCCUCGAAGGCCUAGCCAUGACGCCCCUUGGCGAAUCACCCCUCGUUCCCUCCUCCUCCCUAGCCGCCAUCCUUCACCACCUCUACUCCCGCACCAUCACCGCCAAAGUCGCCAAGGACCUCCUCUGGGCUGUCUACCGCGGCGAGAUCCCCGAAGGCGGAACAACCAGCUACAUUGAUACCCACGGCCUCUGGUUCAAGGAGCUGCCAGAGGAGGAAUACGCAAAACUGGCGGAUGAGGUUAUCCAAGGAGAGGAGAAGAUAUUGGGCGAGUUCUUGAGGUGGAAGCAAGGGAAGAUGAAGGCGUAUCCCCAGGGAAAGCUGAUGUUUUUGGUGGGAAAGAUGAUGAGAGGGGGGCCGGAGGGGAGGGUGGAGGCUUCUGGGGCGGAAAGGGUGUUGAGAAGAAGGAUUGAAGAGGUCUAUUUGCCUGAGCUGGAGAAGGGGGAGUAAUCUUGCGUUCACGAAAUGGGGAAUCCCGUAGUUGGGGUCUCGGUACCGUCAUCGACUCGGGUCCACUGGCCUCCACGCAAGCUUUCGGACUUCUGAUCACGAACCUGUCGUGACCAUCUACCACCCACAACAAGGAAGAAGAGCGGUGGGGAGGGGAGAUCCAUGGCCGUGGUCCUGUUGCUAUCGUCACUAUAAAGGCACGUCAAGCGCUCGCUUCAAUGGACGAUAACACCGAAGCCUGGCCCAGGUAGAACAACGUUCGGCUUUACACCUUGCACUCUCGGCAAACGGAACAGUUGCAGACCGUUCUGACCAAGAACCAACUGCAUGCCGUUCCGAGCUCGUCGGCCUUCCCUUUCCAUGCCAUGCGGCGUCACAUUCCGAUCUUGGCUCGCAUUGACUGCUACUUCCCCUCCUUCCCACAUUCUCAAGCGACGUAUUAUGGAGCCAUUUCUAAGCUUACCAUUGGUGAUUAUCGCUCUUUACAAGGCAACGACUGGCAUAAGAUGCUUUCGAUUACCCUAAUAAAGUUUCAUUGGUCGUCAAUCGGUCCAUUGGCUGGCGCAUGACGAGACCUCGGAAACAGAUGGUUGUGUACAAUGGGGAGAAACGGCCGGCCAUGGGUCAAAGCACAACACUUUAGCCAUACACUGAUGGACACUCAAGGAGGCGAAUGGACAGUGAUUGCAAUAUCUCGGAAACAAGUUACCAGGCUCAAACCCCUCUCACUAUAACGGAACCAGGCCAGGCGAUUUACCCGCUGCCAUGAGUCCUGUGUUGCGCUUAACAAGGUAGUAUUCGUCUAGAUCCAAUCAAUCAGACGCUCAUUGUUGAGCUUCAUAUAUUAAUGUUC